AUGCCCGAAGUAACCAGUCAUAACCCCGGAACCUUCUGUUGGGUUGACCUUUCCACCACCGAUGGAGCGGCUUCAAAGCAUUUCUAUUCCCAAAUUCUGGGCUGGACCGCAAUUGACAACCCGGCCGGCAACGGAAUGGUCUAUUCCAUGAUGCAGAAGGACGGGGAAAAUGUAUGCGGCCUCUACGAGAUGACCCGGGAUAUGCAGGGUGUUCCACCCCACUGGAGCAGCUACAUUUCAGUAACCGACGUGGAUGCGGAGGUUGAGCGGAUAACUGCCGCCGGCGGCAUGGUAAUAAUGCCACCGGGGGACGUUUUCGAAGCCGGGCGCAUGGCAUUCGUUGCCGAUCCCACCGGCGCCGCCUUUGGCCUGUGGCAGGCAAGGGAACACAUCGGCUCUGAGCUUAUCUACGAACCGGGAUCCCUGGGCUGGAACGAGCUUUAUACGACUGACCCCAAUGAGGCCGCCGGCUUUUAUGCCGAUGUAUUUGGCUGGACCCGCGACACAAACCCGGUGACUGAGGAAGCCCGGGAAUACCACGAAUUCAAGGCCGGAGACAAGCCGGUGGGCGGAAUGAUGCAAAUCCAGCCCGAGUGGGGCGAGGUGCCGCCCAACUGGUCGGUCUAUUUCUGCGUUGACGACGUGUCAGCCAGCCUUCAAAAGGCACAGGAAUUGGGCGCCGAAGUAAUCGUGCCGGUUACGAAUGUGGAAAAUGUGAGUUUCGCCUUCCUGAAGGACCCUCAGGAUAUCUACUUUGGCAUUGUACAGGUGACGGGUUAG